ACUUUAAAAUAAUGCUUUUCCUGAGUUAUUUUUAAGAUGCAGAAGAUGAUGAUUAAAUCAUCUCUGGGAUAAAAUAUGUGUGUUUUCAAUAGCUCCAUUCAAGUAUAAUAGAUGUAAAAUAUAAAUUGGGUGAGUUGCAGUAUCAGCACUGAGCAUCUUAACUCCAGAUUACAAACAAAGUCUGAAACCUGAGGCAAUGGACCCACAGAACUAUUCCUUGGUGUCAGAAUUUGUGUUGCAUGGACUCUGCACUUCACGACAUCUUCAAAAUUUUUUCUUUAUAUUUUUCUUUGGGAUCUAUGUGGCCAUUAUUCUGGGUAACCUUCUCAUUUUGGUCACUGUAAUUUCUGAUCCCUGCCUGCACUCCUCCCCUAUGUACUUCCUGCUGGGGAACCUAGCUUUCCUGGACAUGUGGCUGGCCUCAUUUGCCACUCCCAAGAUGAUCAGGGAUUUCCUUAGUGAUCAAAAAUUCAUCUCCUUUGGAGGAUGUAUGGCUCAAAUCUUCUUCUUGCACUUUACUGGUGGGGCUGAGAUGGUGCUCCUGGUUUCCAUGGCCUAUGACAGAUAUGUGGCCAUAUGCAAACCCUUGCAUUACAUGACUUUGAUGAGUUGGCAGACUUGCAUCAGGCUGGUGCUGGCUUCAUGGGUCGUUGGAUUUGUGCACUCCGUCAGUCAAGUGGCUUUCACUGUAAAUUUGCCUUACUGUGGCCCCAAUGAGGUAGACAGCUUCUUCUGUGACCUCCCUCUGGUGAUCAAACUUGCCUGCAUGGACACCUAUGUCUUGGGUAUAAUUAUGAUCUCAGACAGUGGGUUGCUUUCCUUGAGCUGUUUUCUGCUCCUCCUGAUCUCCUACACCGUGAUCCUCCUCACUAUCAGACAGCGUGCUGCCGGUAGCACAUCCAAAGCACUCUCCACUUGCUCUGCACAUAUCAUGGUAGUGACGCUGUUCUUUGGCCCUUGCAUUUUUAUUUAUGUGCGGCCUUUCAGUAGGUUCUCUGUGGACAAGCUGCUGUCUGUGUUUUAUACCAUUUUUACUCCACUCCUGAACCCCAUUAUCUACACAUUGAGAAAUGAGGAGAUGAAAGCAGCUAUGAAGAAACUGCAAAACCGACGGGUGACUUUUCAAUGAAAUCCAGCCUUCCAUAGUGUUACAUGUUUCUAUUCAUUCAGCGGAUAUAAUUUCUUUAAUAUAAUUCUGCUCAAAGAUUUCAUUCUGACACUGCUACAUUGAUAUAGUUUGUAAUGUGUUA